AUGUCUUCUCCAUACGUCUGCAAGUGGGGCAUUCUUGCUACGGGCUGGAUUGCCGAGACCUUUGCCAAGGACCUUCUCACCGACCCUGCGACACGAUCGGUGUCGGACGUCGAGCAUCGGAUCGUGGCCGUUGCUUCGUCCACCUCUGCCUCGCGUGCCGGCGAAUUCCUCACCAAAAUCGGCGCUUCUCCCGAGUCGGCCAAGACGUACGGCUCGUACGAGGCGCUGGUAGCCGACGACGAGGUGGACAUUAUCUAUGUCGCCACACCGCACUCUUUCCAUUACGCCAACACGCUCCUUGCGCUCCGCGCCGGGAAGCAUGUCUGCUGCGAAAAGCCGUUCACGAUCAACGCGGCCCAAACCGAACAUCUCAUCGCAGUUGCAAGGGAGAACAAGAGGUUCUUGAUGGAAGCGGUGUGGACGCGGUUCUUCCCUAUUGUCAAGGAGAUCCAGCGGCUUGUGCAUGAUGAAAAGGUGCUCGGCAAGGUGGGUCGCGUGUUUAGCGACUUCGGGAUGCAGUUCAAGCCCGACCCCAAACAUCGACUCUUCAACCCCGAACUCGGUGGUGGCGCCCUACUCGAUCUGGGCAUCUACGCCCUCACCUGGCAAAUGCUGCUACUUUACGCCGACCCUGCGAACAACAAAACCGCCCCCGAGGUAUCCAGCAGCGUGAUCAAGUCCAAGCUGACGGGGGUGGACGAGUUUACAACGAUGGUUCUCAACUUCAACGCUACGGGUGCGCAGGGUGUGGCGACUACGAAUAUGACGAUUCGAUCGGCUGGAAAUGUGGUGCUGGUUCAGGGGGAGAAGGCGGAUCUGACGGUGCCUUGGGCUCCGUACAGGCCGGAAAGCUUUACGAUCCACGAGAAGGAUGCAGAGGGUGUCUAUACGGGCAAGAACGAGACGCGCAAGUUCCACAUCCCCGGUCACGGAAUGUUUUGGGAGGCAGAUGCCUGUGCCCGUGCCCUAAGGGAUGGAAAGCUCCAAGAACCCACGUGCUCACUCGCCGAAUCCACCCUCACCAUGAAGAUCAUGGACCAAGUCAGGUACUCUGCCGGCUGCACCUAUCCAGACCACAUCGAAGCCAUCGAACACUAA